AACACAGAUGCUGCCAAGAAGUGGCAACAAAAUGCCAUUUCGAUUGUGUGCCGCUAAAUUCUAAAUUCACGCGUAACAAAAGCAAUAAACAUUUGAAUUAAAUACGAGUAAUAUACAAUAACAAAAAUAUCAAUUGAGCUUGCAGUUGAGUAUGCGAGUGUGUGUGUGUGUAGUUGUAGUUGUAGUUGCUGCUGUUGUUGUUGUUAUUGCUACUCUCAUUGCGUCCGCCCGCUUAUUGUGUACAUGUGUGAGCAUAUGUGUGCGAGUGUGUACGCACAUACGUGUAGAGAAAGUGCAGUUGUGUUGGUGAAUUUUGUGGUACAUUUCGCGCUCACAUCGUUUACAGAUUUUUGUGGUGGCAAAUAGUUGUUGCAUAGCCUUCAUACAACGCACAACAACAGCAACAAUUACUAACACUGACAACGGCGACAAGUGGCAGCAACAUCAGCAUCAGCAUCAGCAUCAGACGAGUAAAUAACAAUAACAACGACUACUUGUAGUACGUUUUGUGUGUGUUGUUAAUUGAAAUCAAUUGAAAUAAAUUCUCCAACGUUGCUGCUCAUAUUGUUAAUAAAGCAAAGCAGCAGCAAAUAAUAACAAAAAAAUAUUUAAUAAAAUAUUUCAGUUGCCUGCGAAACCUCAAACCUGUAUAUAAAUAAAUAUUUAAGAAAAUCGCAUCACAUUGUUUUCGGGGAAAUUCAAAUUGAAAUUAAAACAAGUGCAAGUGUUUUGUGUUUUUUUUUAAUAAUUCUUUUUGCGGAUUCUUUUGGUUUUUUGGUAUCAGCGAAUUUUCGUUGUUGUGCGUAUUUUUAGCGUGCCUAUAUGUAUGUGUGAGUGAGUGCAAGUGUGUGUAGUUUUGUGUAGUGCAGCAAGCACACAAUUGAAAACGAUUUAACAAGAAAUUGGCAAAAAGCAGAAACAAAACAAAAGAAAAAACGUAACACAAAUUGAAAGCUUCUGCAGCGACAUUUCCGUUACGUAAGCACACAACGAAGACGACAAAGAGAGUGAGAGAGAGAGAGAGAGAGCGAGAGCGUAGCUAACAAAAAGGAAGCUUUACGAAGGAUUGCAUCCGAAACGGGACAACACACACACACACGCACACAAACGCACACCAUCACACUCACACAUGCGCAGUGUGUGCUUUGGUAGUGGUAGCAAAAGAGGCCCCAACAAUAACAAACACAGCAAAGAGCGUGUUAAGAGAGCGUGAGUUAAAAGAGAGAGCCAGAGAGAGAGAGAGAGAGAGUUGCAAUUGACAUUUUGGCCAUGGCUUUUUCACGUCACAACAUCGAAAAGCGCCGACUCAUCGAGCUAGUGCGCCUUAAUCCCAUACUCUGGGACUGCCGACUGCCCCACUACAAACGCUCCGAUAAGAAAAAAGCUCUCAAAUGGAACGAACUCGGUCGCAUGUUCAACGUGAACGGGGAGCGAGUGCAACGCACCUUCACCUCACUUCGCGAGAUCUUUCGCCGCGAACUCAACCACGAGAAGAUGCUCGGCACAUCGCGUUUCAAGUCCAAGUGGGAAUACUACGAUGCCAUGGCAUUUCUCAAGGAGGUCAUCAGAGAGCGCAAAUCUCGUGAGCGCAUCAAGCACAGCUCUGUCGAAGGUUCCUCAGGUAACCACAACAACAACAACAACAGUGGCAACAACAACAAUACAAACAACAACAACUCGAACAACAGCAACAACAACAACAGCGUGGGACAUGAUGAGUAUCAAUAUUUUGCGCCCAGCGAUCCGAAUAAUCCCAACAAUCAGGCCAAGAAAGCUACGAGUGUUGUGGCCAACAUUCCAGCUGCGCCAAUUCUGCCAAACAUCAGUCAGUUGCCAGUGGCGUUGCAGCAACAGGCGCAGCAUCUGCAGGCGUUGCAACUGCAACCAGAUGUGACGCUGACAUCCUUGAGUGUGUUGCAAAGGGCGACGCCACCAACAACAGCAGCAGCAGCAGCAGUAGUUGCCACAACUGUGGCGCCACCAACGACAGCGACGCCAAUGACAACAGCUGCUGCAACAACGCCGCCUGGGCACGUGCAACUUUGCAGCAGCUCGAGAUCUUGCAGCAGUUCUCCCUCCAUUUAUAUCAAGGACGAGCCCGACUCGCAGGACGAAACGGGACGCAAAUCACAGCAAAAGUUGGCAACAAUACGACCACAAACGAAGCAGCAACUCAAAGCGCGUCUGCAGGUGGCAAAAGUCGGUGGCACAACGCCGUUGUAUGCCACACCGCCGCCGCAUUUGAUCAUCAACACCAACAACGAGCUGAUCGAUGUGGAUGCCGGCGAUUGCAUCGAUGACGAGGACGAUGAUCUCGAGUACGAGGAUGAUGAUGAUCUAGAUGAUGAUGAUCGUGCUGCUCCCUGUCCGCCCAUUGUGGAUGUGGACAUGAUGGGCGCCGGGGGUCGCCUUUCGCCUGGCAGCAGCAGCUUCACAGCAGCGGGCGUCAUUGGCACGCCGCGUCAUCAGCCGAGUCCAAGGGAGAUGCUCUACAUUAAGUUCGGCGACUUUUUGGCCGCACGACUGAAUACUCUGCAUGAGACGGCGGCCAACGAACUGAUGAAUAAGAUUCUGCUGCUGAUAGCUGAGAAGUAAACUAAAGCUGUUGCGUGCUCUUCAAGCAGCGGAAGCCGAGGGAUCUAAUCCACAGGGUUAAAUAUGGCGCUAAGCAUAUUUUAGUGGCAGUUAAGUGAGAACUACUUUAAGCAGUGCACAAACAAGUAUAAUAUUAUAUAAUAUUAAUGCAUGUACAAGUUUCAGUUUUGUGUUGAAUCCGAGACUAAUCGGGUGAAUAUUCAGAAAUUGCAAUGAAGUCAAUUUUAAUAGGACUGAUAAUCUGUGCGCUUUUUGAAAUAGGAACUACUCAGACAUGCCAAAAAUCGAAAGAGAUGGAUGAAACUUGCGGCAGACAUUGUUACACAAUUGUUAAACAGCUUUUUGACCACA